AUGUUUGGAUUAUUUGGUAGAAUUUCUUAAGUUGGAAAAUAAAGGUUGAGCAUCUAGAAGUUUUUUUUCUCUAGCGAUUAAAAAUGGAGAUAAACAACUAUUUUGGCUGUAAAAAAAAACAAUGAAAUUUGUAUAGUAGGUGAUGGGCAAGUCUCUCUAGGUUCAACUGUCGUUAAAACAGAUGGUAGAAAAGUUAGAAAGUUAGCAAAUGGAUCGAUUUGUGGUUUUGCAGGAAGUCUUGCUGAUGCAUUUACAUUAAUGGAAGGAUUAGAAAAUAUUAUGACAAAAUAACCUACACUUAAAGCAUGUAUCACUUAUGCAAAAUAAUGGAGAACUGGAAAGGCUCUUAGACAUUUAGAAGCAACUUUAUUAGUAGUUGAUAAAGAUUUGAUAGUUGAAUUAGAUGGAACAGGAAAUGUUUUAGAAAUUCCAGAAGUAAUAGGAAUAGGUAGUGGUGGAGCAUUUGCUGAAUGUGCUGCUAGAGCUUUAAUAGAUAUUGAUGGAAUGAGUGCAAAAGAUAUAGCUUUAAAAAGUAUGAAAAUAGCAGCUGAUAAAUGUAUAUACACUAAUCAUAAUUGGGUUGUAGAAACUCUUAAAUGGGAUCCUAGUGAAUUCAAAUAAGAUAGCAUUGAUUCAAUAAUGGAUAGUAAAUCUCUACCUAAAUUUGAAAUUCCUUAAGAAAAGGAUUGA